CGAAUCCUUAUUAAGACAACAACAACAACAACAACAAAAAAAGAAAAAAAAAAAGAAAAAGAAAAACAAGAAAAAGGAGGAAAGAGACUGAAACGUCCAAACGUUUCAGCCUCGAGAUAAAAAUCAGGCCAACGUACGAGUUACAACUGUACGGAAGAGACAAGACGACAACGACGACGAAUCAUCCAUAACCAGAUAAAGUGAUUAACGAGAAACGUGGUUUUACGUUAGACGCGGAUAAACGUAAGAUAACGCGGACGCGAUUGAAAACUCGGAAACACAGGAACAGAACUCGGGAGGAAAAGAGGAGCGAAAUUUGUCAAAAUAUCGAGUGUGUGCUGGGAAAAAAACUGGCAGCCAAGGGGGGAAGUGUGAGAAGUGCGAUUUAACGGCCGUUGGGAUAACACCGCAGUAAAAGUGGGUGCACUGGGGCCCUCGGGACCGUUCGGCCGAUACGGGCCCGUGGAAGGUGGGCCUGGUGGUGGUCCCGGGCCCGGUAAGGGAGUGGGGACAGGGGUGGCCGCAGUCGCGGCUGGGGAGGUGGAGGGCUACGGGGGUGCCGGGGGCGGGGGAGGGGGCCCCGGGGGGGUUGGUACCCCCCGGAUAAGGGUCGCGACCCUCAGCGGGCCCUGCUGCGCACCCCUGCCCGUCACCCAAGCCUGUAACAUAGCAGGGAGACGUGGUCUGGCGAUGAUCCUGUCAUGUGCAGGAUGCGAGAAACCAAUUAUGGAUCAGUACCUGCUGAAUGUUUUGGACCGGGCAUGGCACGUCGAGUGUGUCCGCUGCUUCGAUUGCAGAACCACGUUACAGGACAAGUGUUUCUCCAGGGAAGCGAAGCUGUUCUGCAGAGAGGAUUUCUUCAGGCGAUACGGCACGAAAUGCAGCGGUUGCCUCCAAGGGAUAAGCCCUCAAGAUCUCGUGAGGAAGGCGAGGGACAAGGUUUUCCACCUGAAUUGCUUCACCUGCCUGGUAUGUCGCAAGCAGAUGAGCACCGGAGAGGAGCUCUACGUCCUGGACGACAACAAGUUCGUCUGCAAGCAGGACUACCUGUCGGGCAAGCCGCUGCCGGACACGCAUCACGUGCACGGUCAUCAUGAAUCGUCCAACCUGUCGACAGGAGGAGACUCGUUGAUGGGUUCAGGAUCGGAAGACGAAGACGAGGAUGGUAGCGCUCAUCAUCAUCACAGUGGUGUCGGUGGCUCUCAUUUGGGACCUCAUAAUCUGGGUCCAGGUGGUCCUGGUGACCAAACGGUUGGUCAUACUGGCGAUCUACCUCUUGGAAGCGAUCCUUGCAAGCAGGAAGACUCCGAGGAUCAAGGUUCCCUGGACGGAGAUCCCGAAACGAGGGAUAGCCAGACGGAGAACAAAAGUCCGGACGGUGGUGCCGGUGGUGGUAGCGGUGACGGCGGUGCCGGUUCGAAGAGGCGAGGUCCGAGGACGACCAUAAAGGCGAAACAGUUGGAGAUUCUCAAGUCUGCCUUUUCGUCCACUCCGAAACCAACCAGGCACAUCAGGGAACAAUUAGCAAAAGAGACUGGCUUACCUAUGAGAGUGAUACAGGUCUGGUUUCAAAAUAAGAGGAGCAAAGAGCGUAGGUUAAAACAACUGACGUCGAUGGGCAGGAGCCCGUUCUUCGGCGGCUCCAGAAAAAUGAGGGGCUUCCCCCUGAACCUGAAUCCCGGUGCUUUGGGCGGCGAGGACGGACCACCGCCCGGUUUUCCAUAUUUCGGCGCGGAGAAGUUUGAAUUUGGUUACGGCGGGCCCGUGGCAUUUCACCAUGAAUUCUUUGGUGCUCAUCCGCCCCCUCAUCCACAUGGACCGCCCUUCAGCGGACCAGGCAAUCCUGGUUUGGACCCGGCGAGUUUAGCGGGUAUGGCGGCCGCAGUGGCGGUGACAGGGGAAUAUCCACCUCCGGGUGCGGGAGGCGGCCCUCCGGAAUUUCUCACGGGCCCUCCUGGACAGGGCCCCCCUGCACCUCCUAGCGGUAGUCCUGGAGAGUUCCUAGCACCUUCAGGUGGAGCACAGGGUAAUCCCAGUGCCGGUGGGAAUGGUGGCGGUCCAGGUGGCGGCGGCGGCGGGGGUGGGUUCCUGGAGCCGCACCAGAUGCAGAGCGAAGGGCUGGCCUGGUAGUACGAGUUUUAAUUAACGUUCAUUUCUUUUCGUGUUUUGUUGCUUUCCAUCAGCCGAGCGAAAAUCGAUCGAGUUUCGGCGAAAAAUCGACCGGUCGCGCGCACCUGAUGGAGAGACCGUACGACUUUGUUCCGGCUCCAGAGACUUUUGCCCGCGAACAAAAUAUGGCGAGAGUCGUUCACGUCGAGCCACGUCGAUUUCGCAUCUUGUACGUUACGUUUCUGUAAGAUACGCAUAUGAUAAGACGACCGAUCGUUUAGCUUCGUUUCUUUCACGGUUAUCAUUGUCAUUAUUAACAUUAUUAUCUGUAUUAUUAUUAAUAUUAUUAUUAUUAUUAUUAUUAUUAUUAUUAUUAUUAUUAUUAUUAUUAUUAUUAUGGCCGUUGGUUAAACACCAACGCGUUACUAUUUUAUUAUUAUUUUUAUUAUGAUUACGAAUCAUUAAAUAUUAUUAUUAAUAUUAUUGUGUAUAAAAUUUCGAAAUGUCCUAUCGUGUAAUAUUAUACCCUCCCUGUUGAUUAAUUUUCGACGUUACUUUAAGAGACAUCCUGUAGAUAUCUGCUGUUCUACACCUGAGAAACACGUACGAAAGACACGUAAAGAUCAUCGGAAAAAUAACACGACGUACAUCUGGAUAUACGUAAAGAGACACAGCAUUACAGAAUACGAACAGGUACACCGCGUACAGACGACACACAGUACACAUGCGUAAUUCUACACUUAAAAACCGCUGUACUAUUUAUCAAUAAAGUAUAAAUAUAAAUAGGAAUGUGUAACCUGUAACUGUUAAGGCGGCGAUCGAUGUAAAUAAAUAUAAAUCUGUCUUUUUUUGCGGGAAGCGCGCGAUACAAUUAGUUGACUGAUUUCCGUCACUGAACUGUGUAAUUGUAACUUGCAUUACCAACGUCUUACGAGAAAAAGAGACACGCCGCCACGAUGCAUAAUGAUUAUAAAUAUUAUUAUAAUAAACCACCUCGUAUUUCCGUA